AUGGAAUUCUCAAGCGUGUACUUUUGCUCCAUUCUUUUAGCACUUUGCUUCCACUUCCAGACCAGGAUGGCUUGCAAUUCAGAUGAUCGGUUAGCUCUCAACGGUCUCCACAAUUGUUUAACAUCGACAACAGGUAGCUGGAAUAGCUCCACCGCCGAUUGCUGUAAUUGGGAUGGUGUCACUUGCAAUAAUUCCAUUGUUUCAAGUAAAAGGGUCAUUGGCCUGGAACUUGGGAACAAGAGACUCACAGGAACCAUAUGCGAGUCCUUGGCCGCUCUUGAUCAUCUCAGAAUCUUGAACCUCUCCCAUAAUUUUCUCCACGGUACCCUUCCAGCUAAAUUGCUCAGACUGCAGAAUCUGGAAAUUCUUGACCUGAGCAGCAAUAAUUUUGUCGGUUCAAUUCCCAUGGUCGGUGAUAUGCGCUCAAUCAGGUUUGUCGACUUGUCAAAGAAUAAAUUUUCUGGUUCUGUUAGUGCUGCACUUUGUGAAACCUCACCCCAUAUUCAGGUUCUCAACCUGGCAAGUAACUAUUUUGCUGGUGAAAUUUCAAACACUUUUGGGAGAUGUACUUCUCUGCAGAAUCUCUCUCUUAACAGCAACAGUCUCUCAGGAAGUUUUCCUCAGGUACUUUUUCACCUGCAAAAUCUUCGUGCCUUGCAGCUUAAAGAGAAUCAAUUUUCUGGAACACUGGAUGCUAGAUUAGGUAACCUUUCUAACCUUGUGGAGUUGGAUAUUUCCUCCAAUGUGUUCUCUGGAUAUCUUCCUGAUUCUUUUGGGAAGCUUAGCAAGCUUGAGAAAUUCUCUGCCUACACCAAUGCAUUCACUGGCCACAUGCCUGAGUCAUUGGUAAAUUCCCCAUCUCUUCAAAUUCUUGAUUUACAUAACAACACUCUUAAUGGUCCCAUUAAAAUCAAUUGUUCAGCAAUGAUUCAUCUAUUUUCCCUGAAUCUUGGUUCUAAUAAUUUCCAUGGUCCAAUCCCUGAAACCUUCUCCUCUUGCCAUAGCUUGAGUAUUUUGAAUCUUGGUAGAAACAAACUCGGUGGAGAGGUUCCUUACAACUUCAAGAAUCUCCAGGCCCUGACGUUCCUUUCACUAUCAAACACUAGCCUGUCAAAUAUCUCAAGAGCUCUAGAGAUUCUACAACAUUGCAAAAACUUAACUACCCUGAUCCUCGGUAUCAAUUUUCAGUAUGAAGAAUUGCCUGGAGGUGUCAAUUUGCAGUUCCGAAAUAUCAAGGCCUUAGUGAUUCCGUAUUGUCAGCUGAGAGGUUCAAUUCCACUGUGGUUGAAAAAUUGCAAAUCGCUGCAGUUGUUGGAUCUGUCCUGGAAUCUCCUUGGUGGAUCUAUCCCAGUCUGGUUAGGCAAUUUCAAGAGUCUCUUUUACUUGGAUUUAUCAAACAAUUCUUUUACAGGAAACAUACCAAAAAGCUUGACAGAACUACAAACCCUGAUCAUCAACAAGGGCAUCCUAAAAGAAAUCGCCCCGGGAAUCCCUCUCUUUAAGUCCCGAGAGGGCGGGAAUUUGCAGUAUACAAAAAUUUGGAGCCUUCCACCAACCAUGGAGCUAAGCUGCAACAAGCUGACAGGACCAAUCCUGCCAAGUUUUGGGAGAUUGAAAGGACUUCACGUUCUAGGACUAAACAAUAAUAGCUUGUCAGGGCCAAUUCCAGCUGAUCUAUCAGGAAUGUCAAACCUGGAAGUUUUGGAUUUGUCCCAUAACAAACUCUCAGGAGAAAUACCAACUUCAUUGGUAAAGCUCAAUUUUCUAUCCAAGUUCAGUGUGGCAUUCAAUCAACUAUCUGGAGAAAUCCCAACAGGCGGCCAAUUCAUGACCUUUCCUUAUUCAAGCUUCGAGGGUAACAAAAAUUUAUGUGGUGGAGAUUUUGAUUCCUGUGAACCAAUGCAGGCUCCUGUUCAGUCUCCUACUCGUAGCAAACAAAUGAAAAUUGUUGGUUUGCCAUUUCAACUCGGAGUUGCUACCGGCUUUGUACUCUCUGUAACAAUUUGCUUCAUGUCAGGCUGGGCGUUUUCAGUGGCAGAAAGAACUACUGAUACAAGUAGAUUUGUAUGCUGGAGGCUCAGAUAGAUAGAUGAUCCAAUAGAAGCCAUGAAAUUAUAUUGUGAAAUGAGUGUAUUGUGAGAAUGCAGAGAACACUUGUAGGAAUUAGAAUUACGCAAAUAUUGUUUUUCAUUUUGUUUUAGAAAAAAAAAAAGAAAAUUUAAGAAUUUGUGUAAAUUGGAAAUUAGCGAAUCCAAAUAUUCAUGCAAGCAAUUAGUUAUGCCUAAAGAAGAAAUUCAAUUUCAAUUAACUCAAA